AGUUGCGAGACAGAAUUGUUUCGUCUCCUGGAGGUUCAACCACCACCUACUCCUCCGCCUUGGCCAACAAACGGUUUUAAUGAACAAUGAAUUCAUUGUUCUGCUACUUGUUAGUACGUGUCAAGUCAAGCCCUUUCUCUUUUGUGUAUGCACCAUCUUCCUCUCCCUCUCUCUCUCUCUCCACACUCUCACACACACACUCCCACAUUUUUAAGACCAGCUCUCUCACACACGCUUUCCCGGGCCGGAACUUCCAUUUUUUUGUGAAACAAAAGGAGUGUGUGUAUGGUUGUUUUAUCUCUAUGGCCGGUCUGCAGAGAGACCCAAGAACUAAAUACCGGCUUCUCUCUUAUUAGUCUUUGGGGUUGAGGAAGAGAGGAAGGGUAACUGAACAGAAAGGCAUUAUUUUGUCGCUUCCUCUUGAAAGAUAUUGCAAGUAAUAGUAGGCAGGCCAAGGAGCAAUUUGCCUUAUACCGUUUUGUAAGCCAAUCUCUCCCCCAUCACCCACAAUUUUUUUUUUUUUUUGUAAUUUGCUCUCCAAAGACAGAGAGUGAAGGUUUCUUCAUCUUCUUCAGUUAAUCUUGUACUGAGUGUUUGAGGUGGUGGGUCUGUGAAAUGGAUAUUAGGGGAGCGACGAGAUCCUUGUUAGUGUUAACAGGGAGGGUGAUCAACGACGUAGUGAGCUUCAUUGUCUUCUGUUUUCUCGACCUUCUUGAUGUCCUCCUCUGUUUUGUUUACAAGAUUCUUGAUUUCUUCAUGGAAGCCGAAUGGAAACCGUGCUACUGCUCGUCGGGCAAGGAAGCCAUUACGAGCAGCGGUAAGAUCUUGGUCUCCGAACGCGGAGAGUCGAAGAUCAUUUCCCUUAGUUCGACUAAGCUUCAGUUGGAGGACAUCUCAGACACCCUCUACUCGCGUCCUUCUUUGGUGUCGGAGAUCUCUAAAUCGACGAUAAAGGAGCUGAAGCGGCUCAAGAUUGACGGCACGACGAUCCGGUCCUCCGAGAGGAUCAAGAAUGGAACCCUGAGGUCGACAUUCACGAUUAACUCCACCAUUGUAGAUAUGUUACAAGAGAAGAUCGGAGGCCAGCAGUUGCAUCCUGUCCCUCGGUGGUCCGACUGUGACUGCAGGGCGUGCACUUCCUGGAGCUCUUCCUGCAAAGAGACGUUAUACGUCCGAGUCGAAGGACCAAGCAGAGAAGACAAGGCGCGAGAAGACGUGUUGUUCAUUCAUGGCUUCAUCUCAUCUUCUGUAUUUUGGACUGAAACACUGUUUCCCAACUUUUCGGACGACACGAAGUCCUCGUAUCGGUUGAUCGCCAUAGAUCUUCUGGGGUUUGGAAGGAGUCCCAAGCCAACGGAUUCCCUCUACACUCUAAGAGAGCACGUAGAAAUGAUCGAACGGUCAGUGCUGGAAGCGUACAAGGUGAAGUCAUUCCACAUAGUGGCUCACUCCCUGGGCUGCAUUCUAGCUCUCGCCAUCGCCGUUAAAUAUCCCGGAGCUGUCAAGUCCUUGACGUUACUUGCCCCGCCAUAUUUUCCGGUACCGAAGGGAGAACAAGCGAACCGGUAUGUGCUGAGAAAGGUGGCACCCCGGCGGGUAUGGCCGUUGAUAGUAUUCGGUUCUUCGAUUGUUUGUUGGUACGAACAUAUUAGCCGGACCGCUUGCCUAAUCGUCUGCAAGAACCACCACUUCUGGGAAUCGCUCACCAAACUUGUCACCAGAAACAGGAUGAGAACAUUCAUGUUUGAUGGGUUCUUUUGCCAUACCCAUAAUGCCGCAUGGCAUACGUUGCAUAAUAUCAUCUGUGGCACCGCCGGCAAGGUUGAUGAAUAUUUGGAUGCCGUCCGGGAUCAGCUACGAUGCGACGUCACGGUAUUCCAUGGAAGAGACGAUGAGCUUCUCCCAGUUGAGUGUAGCUACGCCGUUCAAUCAAGGAUUCCCCGAGCUGAUGUUAAGGUGAUCGACCGGAAGGAUCACCUCACCAUUGUUAUCGGUAGACAGAAGACUUUUGCUAGGGAACUUGAAGAAAUUUGGAAAAAAUCGUCAAGUGGUUAAGUUUAGAGCCACAGGAGAGACGAUAGGGUAUGCAUAAGAGGGAUUAAGUAAAAGAAGCCUAGAAAUUAAAGUAGAAACAUCCCGAUCAUGAUAUCGAUCUAUUUAUUGAAAGAUAAGAAGAAAAAAAAAAGAAAAAAUUACAAGGUACUUGAGAUUGGCAGGGUUUUCCUUUUCUUUUUGAUUGUUUUUAUUUACCCCUUAUUAUCUCUUCAAGUAUGAAGUCACAGCUUGGCCAUGUGAUUAUUACCCAUAAAUUCCAAUUAAUGUGAAGUGUUUAGUGAUAA